AGCCGUAGAAGAAGAAAAGAGGGAAGCGGCGCAUACGUCAUACGAAGCAUAGGACCGUUGACUUGGAAACAGAAAUGGCGGGGUCCAUAAACUACUGUCAGCACCGAUACUGAGCAAGUAACGGCGGCCACUUGUGAUGUCGAAGGUUGGAAUAACGUAACAGAUCUUCUGCACAAUAAGUGUUUAAUGUUAACUAACGUUGCAUCCAGGCACAUGGUGUUUAGCGACGCCCCUAGUUCACUAACUAACGUUAAUGGUCGCUAGCUGCUAACGUUAGUUGUGUUUUUUUGUAUUGCUCAACGCAGAAGCAUCGUCACAAAACAUUUUGUGAAGGCAGUGUUUUACUUGUGCCAUGUACACUGAAAGAACCGUACCUCCACGAGUCAUUUCCACGGCCGUUAAGUGUCAUCAGUUCACGUUAGCUUACUGGGUGAGUCCCCAAAUAACACGGGUAGCAGCCAAAAAAAAGACUGAAGCUCACACAUUAGCUCACCUGUUUGCAGUUGAGCCUCAGAGACAAUGUCAGUCAACGGGAGAGUCAUCCCGAACACCCCGCUGGCCGUGGACUUCUGGCACGUGCGGAAGUGCCCCGGCACGCGUCUGUUUUUCCUGUCCCACAUGCACAGCGACCACACGGUGGGUUUGACCUCCACCUGGAGCAACCGGCCCAUCUACUGCUCCCCGACCACCGCCGCUCUGCUCCGACUCAAGCUGCAGGUGAAAGAAAUGUGGAUCCAUCCGUUAGAGCUGGGUGAUCCUUGCCUGUUGCCACUUGAUGACAUCGGCAAGGAGAGACUAACAGUCACACUGAUAGAGGCCAACCAUUGUCCAGGGGCAGUCAUGUUUCUCUUCGAAGGAUACUUUGGCUCUAUACUUUACACCGGUGACUUCAGAUAUACUCCCUCCAUGUUUCGUGAGCCGUGCCUGAGGGCCAACACCACUAUAGAUGUCCUGUACCUAGACAACACCAACUGUGAUCCCAACCGCCCCCUCCCCUCCAGAGAGCGAGCCACUCAGCAAAUCAAAGAGAUCAUCCGCAGAUACCCCAACCACAAUGUUGUCAUAGGCCUCUAUAAACUUGGAAAGGAAUCCCUGCUGGUGGAGCUGGCCAAGGAGUUUAAAAGCUGGAUCGAGGUGAGCGUUGAGAGGAUGGAGACCCUCAAAGUGCUGGGGCUGCCUGACGUCUUCACCACCGAGCCGGGAGCCGGCCGUUUCCGAGCCGUGGAGCAGUCCCAGAUUUGCUCAGCCACUUUACAGCAGUGGAACAGAGAACAGCCUACUUUGGCCAUCAUUCCCACCAGCCGGCCCCAGAUAUUUUUUCACCCCAAUGUCCAUGUGGUGCCGUACUCUGACCACUCCUCUUACCAAGAGCUGGAAGAUUUUGUCUCUGCACUUAAACCUUCAUCCCUUGUACCCAUUGUAGGAAACUAUGUGCCCGAAAGUUUCUCUGCCUUACUGCCCAGCAGAAAGCGCCAUGAUGUCCUGGUGCCUGAGUCCGUCCGACGCUACAUGUUGAGACAGACCGAGGGCCAACUCGGCUCCUCCUUCUGCGACAACCUUCGCGCGAAACGUUUACCGGGUUUUGUUCCCAAAGGGGUGAUAUUUGAAACUCCUGAAAAGGAAUCCAGGAAAUCAUGCCAAGAAGCCGGGGAGGCAGAGUGCCCGGGGGAGCAGGAUGCUUCUGAGGAAGAGAUCGACACAAAAAGUAAUGAAGAGGACUCUGACUGCAUCUCUGUUGACAUGAGCAAGGAACUCUCCACUAACAAUGCCCGAAGAGGGACUGGAGAUAUGUGGAGCCUCAAUAUCAUCCAAAGAGUGUCUGAAGAUACGGUGAUGGCUGAGACGGUGCCCUUCAGUCAACUAAGUCAGAGCAACUUUGCUCCAAUGAAGAUCCUGGAAAACACCAAGCCCUGCUUGAUGUCGGUCAGAAGGACAGGAGGGUCUUUCGAAACCAAUGCCAAAAUGAUGAACAACACAUCUUCAAAUGAAAAUGACAGUAGCCAGUGUAGCAGAUCCGGUAAUGUUCAUAACAAACACAUGCUGUCAGAGAGGGAUGGUAUGAGUCGGCACAGUGGACAGGAAUGUGAUCAGAUCAGCGGCGUUAUGGCAAAUGAGCAAAUAGACAACGUCGGGACAACAUUGCAGAGCAGCCUUGAUAAAUAUUCCAGCUUUUCAUCUAACUCGCAGACUGAUGUAAACCAGGAGUACAUAGAGGAGCUGGAAAGCAGUAUUUUAAAGGCUCUCUGCUUCACAGAGGAGGACAUGAAGGUGUGUGGCCUCUUGCAGCAGAGAUAUGUGCAACAGUUUUCUCUCUGUCCUUUCUCUGAUGCCCCAGAGGAUUAGCUCUCAGAAAAAAUGACAAAAACCUGACAUUCCAGUUGUUGCCUUGCUUUAGAUGCCUUUUUGUGUUAAACAAGAGCACUUUAAAGCCAACCUUAUUUUGUCUUUGGUAAUUUCCUAAUUUAUUUGAUCAUGGUAGCCUUGGUAUGCCAGGGCGGCUUUCUUUGGUUAAAAUAUGUUUUGUUUCAAAACUAUGAAAAUAAUCUAGCCAGUGGCUUGUAUUGACAGGUCGACGGGGUGGGGACAGAUGCAGUGGUUUACAAUGAUUUGUAAAGAUGGAAAAGUUAACUACUCUUGUUUGUUGUUUGUUUAUUUUGAACCACCUAGUGUGUAGCAACGCUCCCUUUUACGUUCAUUAUUUAAAGAGUAGUUAAAAAUGUGUAAUAUGUUAGUUCUGCCUUUUCCAACUUAAUUUGUACCACUGAGCUUGAGUAAUGGGCAAAGAUGAAUCAAAUCUUCAAUCCUGGUGUAAUUUCUUUUUGUGAGAAACAAGGUAUUAAUGAUAAAUGAUUUUUUUUGUUAUCCUCUGUAUUCUUGUCUAGUAUAAUUGUCCAUGAGCCAAAACCCCCUUUCUUGAAAACAUGCAUGUGAAUUCAAAAGCAUGAUUGCUUUAUUAUUGUAUUGUUUUAACAGCAGGUCAAUAUAUGUGUCAUACCCCACAAAAAAUAUAUAUAUAUUUUGCUUUAGAAUAACAUGGGACCCAUUGUGUAGCAACAAUUAGUUUUUUUGCUUCUGGUUACUGAAAGAAACAUUACAAUGUAACCCUUUCUCUAAAAGUGUCUUGCGUAUUGUAUUAACAGCAGACAUAUGUGAUAAAUUGCCGCAUUUGUAUUGAUGUCACAUUUACAGUAUGAGCUGAGCAGAAUUGUCUGAAAAAGGAAAAAGUUUCCCCCUCGGAAAAUGUAUUGAGUGAAGGAAAGGUAGAACAGCAACAUUUCCUUAUAGGAGAACUGUUUCUUGAAUAAAAUCCCUUUUUAUUUGCAAAUGA